AUGGCUCUCCUUGCGCCCAUUAUCAGCGACAAUGGAAGUGGCUACUCUAAGAUAGGCUUUGCCGGGAACUCCGACCCGUCCUUUGUCUUCCCAACUGCAAUCGCAACUCGAGAGCACCAAGUCUCUACAGCUGGUGGGGGUUCUCGUGCACCGUCCAUUCCCUCCAAGCCUGGUCACCUUGCGUCGAAGCGAGGCAUAGAAGACCUCGACUUUUACAUUGGAGACGAGGCAUUUACCAAGCCAGGUUAUGGUGUUCAUUACCCGAUUCGCCAUGGAUUAAUUGAGAAUUGGGAUCACAUGGAGAGGUACUGGGAGCAGAGUAUCUUCAAGUACCUCAGAGCAGAGCCGGAGGACCAUUACUUCCUUCUCACUGAACCUCCUCUGAACCCACCGGAAAAUCGCGAGACUACCGCGGAGAUCUUCUUUGAGUCGUUCAACAUCCAAGGUCUAUAUAUUGCCGUCCAAGCUGUUCUGGCUCUUGCAGCAUCCUGGUCUUCCAACAAGGUUACCGAUCGCACACUGACCGGUACCGUCAUUGAUUCCGGAGAUGGUGUUACGCACGUUAUUCCUUGUGCUGAAGGAUACGUCAUCGGAAGCGCCAUCAAGCAUAUCCCCAUUGCUGGUCGUGACAUCACCGCCUUUGUUCAGGCCUUACUGCGUGAGCGAGGGGAGACGGCAACAAUCCCCCCUGAGGACCAGUUGCGGGUAGCGCAGAAGAUCAAGGAGGAUUACAGCUAUGUCUGCCAGGACAUCGUUAAGGAGUUCCGGAAAUAUGAUGCCGAGCCCUACAAGUACUUCGAGCGAUUUGAGGGCGAGCACAGUGUGACGGGCCGGAAAUACGCCGUCGAUGUAGGAUUUGAACGUUUCCUUGCCCCUGAAAUCUUCUUCAACCCGGAGAUCUACUCGUCUGACUUCCUUACACCUCUACCUGAAGUUGUCGAUAACGUGAUCCAGCAAUCACCUAUCGACGUACGACGCGGACUAUAUCGUAACAUCGUCCUUUCUGGUGGCUCCACAAUGUUCGAUCAUUUCGGGCAGCGGCUACGGAGAGACCUCAAGCAGAUCGUGGACAAGCGCGUGGCAGACAGUGAGACUGCGAGCGGUGCACAUAUGCGUUCCUCUGGUGUAGAGGUCAACGUUAUCUCGCACAAACGUCAGAGAUAUGCUGUUUGGUUCGGUGGUUCCCUGCUUGCGUCUUUGCCCGAGUUCUACUCUUAUUGCCACACAAAAGCUGAUUAUGAUGAAAUUGGACCCAGCAUUUGCCGACGCUACACGAUCUUCGGCAGCGCAUCGAGCUAGAAUACCCGGACCGUCUGUAUUACAUAGUCUGAUACUCGAGUUAACUUUCGCCGAAUACUGUGAUCUAUUGCUUCUUAGGUCUUGC